AUGUCGAGCACAUGUUCUUUCAUCAACACAAAAACAAAAUUUGGUUGGGAUACCAAAGAAAAUGAAAAUCCUCUUGUAGUUAUGUUACGUCCAAUGAUUUUAAAUAUGAUGGGUAAAUCAGAUGAUAAAGCUGUAAUCAAUGAAGCUAAAAGACGUUUUCAAUGUCAUCUAAAUGGAGAUUUAAUUGAUCCAAAUAUUCGUGAAGCUGUUUAUGCUAUUUGUUCACGUUAUGGAGAUGAAAGUACUCAAGAAGAACUUCGAAAAUUAUAUAAAGCAGCUGAUAUGACAGAAGAAAAAGUUCGAUUGCUGCGUGCAAUGGGUCAAUCAGUAGAUCCGAAUAUAAUUGAAAAGACUUUACAAUUUAUAUUUGAAAGCGAUGAUGUCCGAAUGCAAGAUUCACCUUUAGGUCUUGUUGGUUGUACAUCAAGUCGUAUUGGUCGAGAUAUAGCUUGGAAAUUUCUACAAAAUGAUUGGCUGAAACUUGCGGAACGUUUUGGAGAAAAGAGUCGCUUUCUUAUUCGUUUUUGUGAAGUAAAUUUAAUAGAAGAAAAGUUGAUUUCUGUUAAAAUUUAUUCCGUUGAGAAUCUUAAUUUUUAUAUUAAUCAUGAAGCAUUUGUCGAAAUCAACUGGAAUAGUCAAUGA